AUGUCUCGACAAGAGCACCUCAUCGAUUUCACUCCCUACCCCUGGUGCCAACAAAUCAUAUCCUCCCCGUCCUGGCACCCCCAAACCACCCGCUCAACCUCCACCAACCGCCUCUUUACCGAAACCCUCUGGACCGACGUGACCAUCCGCGCCCACGCUUCCUUCUACAAACCCCCAACCGCAAGUCCGCCCACCGAAACAGGCGGCGAGGUGCGCCUCCUCGUUUCCCUCGGCGCCGGACUAGACGGCCACCCCGGUUACUGUCACGGCGGGAUACUAGCCCUCAUUUUCGACGAUACGAUUCAUGAAUUGGUGGAGAAGGAAUUGAAGGAGGCGGCUGUUACGGCUACGCUGAAUGUUUCUUAUCGCAGGCCUGUUGCGACUCCCGCG